AUGUCUUCGAAGCCCACGCAACUUACACCCUUUGGGUACGCCCUGGCGGGCGCAUUGGGCGGGUGUUUCAGUAACGCCGUCGUGUAUCCAUUAGAUAUAGUCAAAACACGCAUACAGGCCUCUACAGACGGCAGAAAGGAUGACAAUGAGAAGCUUGGUGUCAUAUCCGCUCUCCUGCGGAUAUACAAGGAGGAAGGCUUCUCUGGCUACUAUAGCGGAUUCGCAGCAACGAUGCUGAACACAUUUUCCAUGCAAUACGCUUACUUCUUCUUUUACUCCAUCGUCCGCACGUCGUACAUCAAGCGUGUCGCAGCGCGGUCACCCAAGGGUUCGAAGGCCCCCGCGCUCUCCACGGCGGCGGAGCUCAUCCUCGGCGCAAUAGCAGGAGCGCUCGCACAAAUCUUCACCAUCCCCGUCGCCGUGAUCGCGACGCGGCAGCAAAUCGGGCACUCGCUCGACCGCCCGCGGAAACGCCGCGCGUCGUCCGUCGUCACCGCGGCGAAGGCCACCAAUGGGGACGUGGAGAAGGCAAAUGGGGACUCGGAGAAGGCAAACGAGGACGCGAAGAAGGCAAACGGGAACACGAAGGCGGACAAGAAGGACGCGGACGAGCAGGACACGUACGAUGACUCGUUCCUCGGCGUCGCGCGCGAGAUCGUCGAGGAGGAGGGCGUGUCUGGCCUCUGGCUCGGGAUCAGGCCCGGGCUCGUGCUCACCGUCAACCCCGCGAUCACCUACGGCGUCUACGAGCGCGUGAAGGGCACCCUGCUGCUCGCGCAAGAGAGCGCGUCGGGCAAGGCGGGCGCGAAGCUCAACCCGUGGACCGCGUUCGUGGUGGGCGCGCUCAGCAAGACGCUCGCAACGGUGGUGACGUAUCCGUACAUCAUGGCGAAGGUGCGCAUCCAGGCGCGCUCUGCCGACUUCGAGGAAGCGGUGGUGGAGCACCAGCCGCCGCCGCACCAACACGAGUACCACCACAAAAACAUCACGCAUCAUCCCGGUGCGCUCGAGAUUUUGGGGCGCGUAUGGCGCAAGGAGGGGUUCCUGGGAUGGUAUAAGGGAAUGGGCGCGCAGAUCACCAAGGCGGUUAUCUCGCAGGCGCUGCUCUUCGUGUCGAAGGAGAAGUUCGAGCACUGGGCACUCAUGAUUAUGGUCCUCUUCUACAAGCUUCGACAGGCACCGUGA